AUGGCGGGUUCUGCACGCGGUGGAGCUUCUCUUCCUACUAGCGCAGCUUCGUUUUUGCCAUCUACGACACCUCUCUCUCCUGACACUGUAGGGGCCUCUGUCGGCUCGAUUCCAGGUCUUCCGAGGGAUAUAUCGGAGACGAGAGUUAGGGGUUUGGAAGACAGAUCCGGUGUCCUGCCGCAAACUCUUAAUGCGCGAGGAGGGCGGCUGAUUUCGGCUCGCGAGCCCUGCGUACCUAGUUGCGCUUCUGUAAACUAUCCACAAAGAGAAGGCUCUACCUCGGGUUUCUCGAUGGCCGCCUUUGGCCGGCAUGACCCUUUGUCCUCGACUUCGGGUCACAUGCAGAGUGGGCCACUCUCGUCUUCUUCUGGAGGGGUUCAUCCCCCACGCAAUAGAACUGGCGACCCUGACUGUGCAGCAUCGCGUCCGAAAGCGGUAGACAAGUCAUCAAGUUUCGAGAUUCCCGAUCUGAACAAGGAGCGAGAAGAUAACGUUCACGUCCGCUCCCAUGGAACCGGGAGGGCCAGAGGAGCUCCAACACCUUCCCCUUACCACGUGGCUCUUCCUGAAUCUUCGUCUUCUUGUAGACAGGGGCGGGGAGGUAGCUUUGACUCUCGCAGUACGACCGCGUCCCCUGAUUUCCCCCCAACAUCAACAGGGACACAACCUCCUCGUCAGGGACGCCCGAGCGAUGUGAAGUCGUACAAUGCAGCGGAGUGUGCGGUUCUGCCCAGUGCUCACCAGUCUUUCGCGGUGCCUGUUGCCUCCGUAUCGGGCCUCACUGAGUCUUCUAUCGCAGAUCUCUCUGACAGAUUCAGUUCCUCUCGGAAUCUCUGCGCAAGUGUAGGUUCAACUGUGGCAACAGUACCCCCAGACCAAACGCGAACCGUACUCACUUCCUCACACAAGACGAGUUGCCGUCCUUCUUCCUCGCACGACGUUUUCCACUCACCAAAAGCGGAAACUUUGUCAUUGCCAGCGCCGUCGCCGGGCACGUGCCCUCUAAACGUUCUUCCAAACGGGAAGAGUCCAGUGGAGGGGGGUGGUGCAGAACAGACGGCUCGGGUGGAAGGAAUGGAAGAGGAAGACGACGAUCUUCUCGGGGAUUCCUUUGUCGUUGUAGAAGCUGUAGAAGGUCGAGAGGAGGUUCCUGGGUGUGCUUUUUCUCCCCCUCCGCUGCGUUUCCCUAGUCACUGUUUUUCCGCGGAUGGCUUAUGGGACUCGGAAGGCCCUCACGGAGAUUUCGCCGUGUCUGUCUCCGAUCCGGAGACACGCUCUACGGGACCUUUAGGGAGGUUUACGCUCUAUCUUGUUAGUGGUCGGACGGUCGCUGGAGCGCCUUUCGCAUGCAGGAAACGGUACAGCGACUUUGAGUGGCUUCGAAUGCAGCUCGUUCAGGCUUUUCCGGGUGUAUUCGUGCCCCCCAUUCCCCGGAAACAGAAGCUCGGAAGAUUUGAUAGUUCAUUUGUGGAGAGCCGUCGUCAGGGUCUCCAGGAGUUUCUCCAGAGGCUUUUCCGACGUCGACACUUGGCAAAGUGCUCCGUCUUCGUUGGAUGGUUGACACGGAGUCCAGAGGGAGGAAUGGACCAAUUUAAGAAGGAGGUUGCUGCUCGCCCUUUGGUGGAACAGCUUGGGGAAUUUCAAGAGAUCUUCCGUGCACAACUGGACGGAGCCAGCGGCCGAGGCACACGCGCUGAAAGCGACCGUUUCAUUGUGUUCAAGCAGUUUUUGGGGAAACAACUAACCACUCUGGAAGAACUGCAUCGUCAUUUCAGUCGACUCGCUUCUCUCAGUCGUUCGCAGUUUGGUUGUGUAUCUGCCUUGCAGACUUUACUGAGAGACGUAUGCUCCGCCGAAGAAAAUCUCGUGAGACAGAUUCCGGAUCUACCGAUUCCAGCUGUGCGCUGCGAACUUGCCUCUCUCGUCUCUCUGCAGAGGGCGUGCUUAGUCGCAUCGCCUGCACACAACUACGACGUCAUGCAGCAGGUCGUGGCAAAGGAGUUUGACGAUACAGAGUGCAUGCUGGAAGCCGUUUCCGGGCUCGAGCGCUUAGUGCAGCUCAAACAUCAGGCGCAAGCGCAGAUUGGGCGCGAGGAAAACUCGCUUCGACACGUUCUGAGAAGCACUCGGGGGAGUUGGCUUCAGACCUUUGUGCAUCGGAAGGACAAAGACGCACAAAUCGCAGAAAUCCGCGCUUCUAUUGAGGCUCUCAAGCUUCAGGUCCAAAUUCUGGAACAAUGGGCGGAAGCUUCACGAGCCGUUUGGGUAACGGUGGAGAUGCCCAAGCUGGUCACAGCGAAAAGCAUUGCCUUCACUCGGGCAGCGCACGCAUUCAUCGAUCGGCAGCAGCAGCAGUUUCUGCAGGAAGCUCGCAUCUGGCAAGCUUACGGGCUCCGCACUGGCGCCUCGGCUGAGGCACUUUCGAGCCAGCCUACGGCACAGGCGAGAAGCCCCAGUGGACCGGACAGUGCGCGAAAACACUAG